UGCAGGGGCUAGAGUGGGUAGAACGACCAAGCGAUAGUUGGAAUAUUUCCUAUGGGAAUAUAUGUAGAAAGUUCGUUAAAGAAAUGUCUUGAAAGAAUCAGCCGCGGAAAGCUUCUCAUUUUACUUAAGUAAAACUGUUCGCUAAAACUAGAAAUACCGAACCAAAAGGAAAAAUUUUUACGUAUAAAUCAAGUUUUUCACCAAGAUAUUCCACUAUUUCAUCGUAAAUAUCAUCAACAACGGGAGAUGAGCGGUAGAGUUGGUGAUCUUAGCCCUGACCAGGCGGCGACAUUAGACGCUCUUAGAACAGCUGUUGAUGACAUCCUGAGACCUGAUCAUGAUGAUUACUUUCUUCUUCGGUACCUUAGAGCGGCAUAUCUGCGGACUUACAACGCUAGAAACCGGGUUUCGAUACUGCGAACCAGUAUUUUUUGGAGAAAGCAAAUGGAUGUCGAGUUUUUAAGAGAAGAUUAUGAACCGCCUGACGUUAUAAAGCGAUAUUUUCCUGGAGGGUUAGUAGGACAUGAUAAGGAAGGUUGCCCUCUGUGGAUCGUUCCAUUUGGUCGCAUGGAUAUAAAAGGACUUUUCCAUUCAGUGAAAAAGUCAGAAUUUAUCAAACAUUUUGUUCAUCUGUUAGAGAAAAGCGAAGUGGAUAUGAAGGAUCAGAGUGAAAAACUUGGAAAGGUAAUUGAAAUGCACAGCGUUAUAUUUGACAUGGAAAACUUUACUAUGAAGCAACUAGCCUGGAAACCAGCCGUUGACAUGAUUACACAGUUGGUGGCAAUAUGUGAAGACAAUUAUCCUGAACGACUUAAGAAAAUUUAUGUGAUUAAUGCUUCGAAGAUAUUUCCUUUAGCCUACGCACUUGUAAAACCUGUGCUGAGUGAAGAAACUGCGAAAAAAGUACAUGUCUAUGUAAAAGAAACCUGGAAGUCGGCCGUGAUGGAAGACAUUGACCCAAUAGAACUUCCAUCGCACUGGGGUGGAACAAAAGUUGAUCAAGAUGGCGACCCUCGAUGUUCCAUAAUUAUUGGUACUGGAGGGUUUGUGCCCUGUUCUUACUACACGGCUCCUUCUCGACGUUUGUCUGCUGCAGAAAACCUGAAAAAGGUCGUUAUCGAAAAAAAGUCAUUAUUUCCGGUAGAACUGAAAAUAGAAGAAGCAGGAUCUGUUAUUCGCUGGGAAUUUCAAACAGAGUGCUAUGACAUUGGCUUUGGGGUUUUCUUUAGACCUAAUCAAGAAGAAUCGACGCCAGGGGGCAGUCAAGACCAGGAUGAGGAGUUAAUAUCUGUCCAACGGGUGAAUUGCCAGCUUGUGCCAGAAGAUGGGGUGGUGAGCUGUGAAAAACCAGGAACAUAUAUCUUGACGUUCGAUAACAGUUUCAGCUGGUGCCGAAGUAAGAAGUUAAUGUACCAGGUCCACAUUUUGCCGCCAAGUUCUUCUUCACAAGAAAAUAAACCAUAUACCUAAGUUAUCUUUAUGUCUUUUACCCAUGGAAACAUUUGGAAGGUCAAUUCUGCACGCCAGUGGCUGGUUUUGAUUCAUAUUAUGUGUUAUAUUAUUGUCUUGGUUCACACUUCGUCUUGCCUUUCCAUUUAAACGGAUAUCUGUUUUACAAAAUGGAGAUUAAUCCGUAAUUUCAAGUUUUAACUCUUAACGGUUGUGUGUUAUGUAAUUUUUGAGCUCUUCUAACCUUUUCGAUGUGGUUUGCUACUGUUGUUAAAAUGGUUACAGUAUAUGCUGUGUAUAGCAGAAAACACUGUUAUACUAUAACCACAACAAAAACAAAUCAGAAAUAUCACUUAUGUUACGAAAAUAUUGUUAACAGAUUUUUCGAAGAAAAUUACUUAAAUGUGUUUGAAGCUAAACGUCAUAUAUAUUUGCAAUGUCUUAAUUAACUAUAUAUAUAUAUAUUGUGGAUGCUCUUUAAAAUAAACCUUUUCAUUCAUUCAUAACGUGACAAUUGAUUGAAUGAUGACCAGGUCAGUGUAGUAUAUAGGAUAAAAGAGUGCUUAUUCCAGUUUAUUCACAAACACAAAAACAAAAUUUACAUGCCUUUGUAAAAGGGCAAUUUUCGGUUAUUUUAGUAAUCGGGUGCAAACUUUCAAGUAUGGAGGAUAAUACAUAUCGUCUGAAAAGAGGCAAAACAAAUAUCAAAGGUUAGUUUUGUUUUCUUAAUUUUAGUCAACUCUGUUAAAUGUCGCUUUAAAAGUGGAAGAAAAGACAUAUGGUAUACGUAUGACACGAGUCAUAUCAGACCUAGUGGGUUCCUAAAAAGUAACCCUUAGGUAUUUUGAUAGGAUGGUUAAUACAACGAAACUAAUAUAUGCAUUACUUGUUUUUAUGUUAGUGUUAAUUCGUCGUCUUUAGGGUUAAGAAUUUUCAUCCUGUCGAUAAACCAUGACGUGUAACAUUUUGUAUCGUAUCUUUCACUAAUUGGUGAACCAAUGACAUGAUUAUUCGACACUAUUGUUCAAAUUCUCAAUUUGUAACAAGUGAAACAGUCACAGCAUUGCUAAACUGUUUACUUCACCUCUUGAAAACAAUCAGUUUACUGCGUUACUGUCUUAUUAUUAUUGUCGUAAUUAAGUUACUGCAUUACUGUUUUUAUCAGUAGUAUACAUCAGUCAGGUCAUUGUAUUAUUGAUCAGUAUAUGUCAGUCAGUUCACUGUUAUUAUUGUGAUCAGUAGAUAAUAGUCAGUUCACUGCGUUAUUACUCGCCUGGUCAGUAGAUAUCACUCAGUUUACUGUAUUAUUGUUCCUGAUCAAUAGACAUCAGUUAGUUCACUGUAUUAUUGUUUUCCUGAUCAGUAGUCAUGACAUCAGUUAGUUCACUGUAUUAUUGUUUUCCUGAUCAGUAGUCAUCAGCCAGUUUACUACAUUAUGAUUUUUUCUGAUCAG